CUUUUAAUUAAAAUUAAAAAAAAUAAUAUAUUUUAAAAAUUUACAAAAACAAAGGUUUACUAAAUAAACAGAAGCAGAACAGCAAGCAUGUCCACUUCAGCAUAUUUCCUGUCGAUAGUGUUGGCGUUGGCUUUAGGCAGCACUGCAGUCAACGCUUUGCUAAAAUGUUGGCGCUGCUCAACAGAUGUAUCCAAUGGUGGUUUCUGCGAUGAUCCAUUUGAUCCGGAAUUCAUUUCCGACCAACAACGUUACUGGAGUUACGUGAAUUGCUCCUACUCGUCCGGUUUCAAGGCGGUCAACGCACGACCCGUGUGUAAGAAACUUGUACAAGAAGUCUACGGCAAACGUGUUAUCUCGCGCUCUUGCUUUUACGAAGACUACGAAGACUCCUCCGAUCGCUGCGGUCAUGAAACUAGCUCAUCAUACAUCAAAACGACUUUCUGUCAAACAUGCAGCACCGAUGGUUGCAAUGGCGCUGCCGCCUUCUCGCCUUACGUCGCGUUAGUCCUACUACCCAUCGGCACACUGCUAAUCAAACUGAUCAAAUGAAGUUCGUCGAAGUGGGCGCGCAGUUGAGGUUAUGGCGGGAAUCAUUUGGAGUCCACCUUUGCAAUGCUUUGUAAUCUUAAGACAAAACCAGCUCUUUAAAUAGUUUUAUGUUUUAAACACAUAAGUCACUUUUAAACAUACUAUAAGUUAGCGAAUUAAUUUUGCAAUGAAUGUAAAAAAACAACAACAACUUAUUUAUAAUUCGUUGGAGUUGUCGGUUCUAUAACUGUAAAUUGUUUGACAAAUAUCUAAAUAGUUAAAUUUUUACACUUCAAAACGAAAAUAUUUAGAGAAAAUUUUUGUGAAACAUUUAGAGAAAAUUUGUUUGAAAACAUUAAAAAAAAAUUAUUAACAACUCAAAACUAUAUCUAAUGAAAUUCGCACAAAACACAAAUAUUUUAAAAAGUAAGAAAAUUCAAUUUCAGCACCGCCAAGCAAAAAAUACAGAGUUUUACACUAAUAAGCUCUUAAUAAUCAGGAAAUUAUGGCAUAACGGUUUCUAGUACACUAAAUAUGCAGUGAGACUUGAGCUCUAGAAAUCAUCAAGUGAAGUUGCAUUACGAAGCCUUUAUAACCCUAAAAAUAAAUAAAAUCGUUUAUACAAACAUACAAAAAUGUAUUACCGUUAUUCACAUAAUUGUGUACAAAAUAGCCAACAAUGAUUUUGAACGUCUAAAUACUGUUUAAUCUAGUGUUUAAAUUAUCAUAAAGUAAAGUAAAUAAAAUAGCAAUAACUCGGUCAUACAAUUUAUA